GUGACCACAGCGGGUCCCUUCUCAUGAAUUGCCAAUCCUCGCCUCGGCACAUCAUAUGACCUGGUAGAUAGCACCUCGCAACAUGGAGUACUCAGAAGGGGACCUGUCGGACCACAACCUCCAUUCGGAGGAUGUUCCCUAUCCCGAUAUUGACGAAUCGUUCCAUUACCCGUGGCAAGGGCAUCAGCCCGCGACCACCACGGCGGACAUCCACUCCGUCCUGGACCCUCGUCUGUACAAAGACCUGUUUACAGAUAGUGCACCCCAGGCACAGGAUGACAGUCAACUCGCCGAGGCCCAGGAUGAUCACUAUCAGGACUAUCAGGGCAUGGACUCAGGGGACGACUCGUAUGAGGUUUCCGUGGACGAAAGCUCGGGCGACGACGAGUAUUCUCAGGUCGCCGAAGAAGAGGAUGAGGACGAAGAAGAAGAUGCGCGUCGCCGCCGCCGCCGCAGAGGCACAGGCCCCUUCUCCGGUCGGUAUGGCGCUCGUGGAGGCAAAGGGAUCAAGCGAGGACCGCGCAAACCGCUGGAACCCAGUCCCGAAUUCAAAAUCCUACACUCCGAGGCGACCUCGGCGUUCAUCGAUGGCGACUAUGACCGGGCGGUCGACCUGGUCAAGCGAGCUAUCCAGAUCAACCCCGAGAUGUUCGCCGCCCAUUCGCUCCUCUCCGAGAUCUUUCUCGCGCGGGGGGAGAAGGACAAGGCGCUGACGGCCCUGUUCAGCGGAGCCCACACCCGCCCCAAAGAUCCCUCGGUAUGGGCCAAAGUGGCGCGGAUGAUCAAGGAACGCGCGGGCGAGGACCGGACGGCGGCGUUGGCCGAUGUCAUCUACUGCUACAGCCGUGUCGUCGACAUCGACCCGAAGAACUACAACGCGCGGUUUCAACGAGCGGCCUGCUACCGGGAGCUAGGACACAAUGGACGCGCCGCCACCGAGUACGAAAGGAUCUUGAAGGAAGACACGCACAGCCCCCGAGCUCUUCGUCACCUCGCCGAAAUCUAUAUUGAUCUCGGUGACGUCCGGAAAGCUGUCGAUUAUUGGGCGGACAGCGUGGAUUACUACCUGUCCUUGGACCCGGAAGAUGCCCCGGACUUUUCGUGGUCGGAGAUCAACAUCUACGUCGAACUGUACAGCUACCUGCAUCAGUACGACAAAGGACUGCGGGCCCUGAAAUCGCUGGCUCGAUGGCUUCUGGGCCGACGAGACGAUACCAUGUGGGAAGAUUUCAACGAGGAUGACCGUGAGUGGGACGCUGAAGACGUCCCGCGCCGUAUCAAGGCCGAUGGCUACAUCCCAGGCCAGUGGCCUCGUGACUCUUAUGGACUGGGUCUUCCUUUGGAGCUCCGGAUCAAACUGGGUCUAUGUCGGUUGAGAAUGGGCUACGAGCACAAGAAUGAAGCUCUGCACCAUUUUGCAUGGCUGAACCCUGAAGACACCUCCGAACACUCCCGCCUCUUUGAUUACCCGGAUCUCUUCCGCGAAGUUGCCGACGCUCUCCGGGAGGUCGGGCUCUUUGAAGAUGCCCUCCGUUUCUACACUCCCAUCCAGAAUACCGACGAGCAUGCAGAUGUCGGUUAUUUCUUGGCCAUGGGCGACUGCCUCCGCAUCUUGGAACGGCUGGAGGAAGCAGAGAGCUGCUUCCUGACCGUUGCCGAGCAUGAUCCGCGAAACAUUGAAUCGCGCGUGCAGCUCGCCAAGCUGUACGAGGAUAUCGGCAUGACUGAACAGGCUCUGAAGUUUGUCAACGAGGCGGUUCUACUAGGACGACAGGAGACGAGAAGUGGCCGGCGGCGGAAAGACACCCGGCUCGAGCAACUCGCCUUGGAGUUCCGGUUGGCGGACACGGGUCCGGACGAGGCAACCCUGCGGCCGCUCGCGCCCAAACCCGGUGCCGAUUCCGCAUUCACCACCGCCCCUGCCAAGAAAGACGAACUCAGCGAGGAGGACAGGACGGAGAACGUUCAGUUCCUGUAUUCGAAACUCAAUCAGCUGUAUCCCCAAGUCCACGAGGGUCAGUCCGAGGCUACCGAAGACUGGCUGGACAUUGCCGAUGCUCUGCUGCGCGAGUUUCGGGCCAACCGGGUGUUUUAUCCCGUGCAGCGCAAUGUGGUAUUCAUGGGUUAUUCGCGCGAGGCACAGAAGAAGGCUGGGAAGCACAAGGGGGAGAGUCUGCUGGAUGAAAUGCAGGAGAUGGCUGGCCGUCUACAGGAGUCUUUAGGCACUCUGGCGGAGGCGCCCCUCCAGGAUGCCAUUCCAACCGACUAUCACGGGAUCACUUUCGAAGCGUGGCUCGAUCUGUUCCUCCAGUAUGCGCUGGUCGAAGCUGGGCAAGGCGAGCCACACGAAGCGUACGAUAACCUUGCGGCGGCGGCGGAUGCCAGCGUCUGGUACCAUUCCAAGUCCAGCACUCGGCUGAUCCACGUGUGCUGGUUCACAUGUGCACUGCGCGCGCAGGAUGAAGAAACUCUGGCCAAUGAGGCACGGUGGUUCAUCAAGGAGUAUCAAUUCGUGACGGACACCUACCGCCUGUUCUCCAUGCUGAGUCGUCUCAGCGGCGACCCUCAUCGGUCCCUAUUCCACUCCUCUGCGAACAUGAAGUUCAUGCUACGUCAGAUCAAGGCCAUGGACUUUACAAUGUCGGAUGGGCCAACGGCAGCGCAACCGAAGCCGAAAACCCGCCCGUCCGUUCCGCAGGAUCGCCCGGCCCCGUCCACACGGGAGGACAUUGGGGAAUUCAUUCCCGGGGAGUCAAUGGACAUUGCUUUGCUGGUGCUCUACGGUCACAUCCUCUACUCCGGCAACAGCUUCUUCCCCGCUCUGAACUAUUUCUUCCGGGCCUAUGCACUGGACGACCAGAAUCCGGUGGUCCUCCUGUCGAUUGGACUCUGCUAUAUCCACCAGUCGCUAAAGCGACAAGCCGAGAAUCGACACUACCUGAUCAUGCAGGGGCUGUCGUUCAUGCACGAGUAUCGACGGGUGCGGGAGCAAGCAGGCAGUCUGAUCCAGGAACGACAGGAGAUGGAGUUCAAUUUCGCGCGUGUGUGGCACCUUCUGAGCAUUACGCAUCUCGCUGCGGAACGGUACGAGCGUGUGCUCGAGCUAGGCGCGGAGAUCCAGGCCCAGAGUGUGGCACAUAAGGGGACGGACGGGGACGAUACGGUGAUGAGGGAAGCUGGGGAGGAGGAAAGCCGUGUCGUUGAGGAUUUCUCGCGGGAAGCGGCGUAUGCGCUGCAGAAUAUCUACGCCUUGAAUGGGGAUAUGCAAUCUGCGCGAGAGAUCACGGCCCAGUGGUUGGUGAUUUAGUAGUAUAUCACUAUGUAUAAUUUCUCAUGUACUUCUAUAUAUUGAUCGAGGGGCGGCAAUUUCCGCUCCAAAAGUAUGCGACAACCUAUCGACAAACCAAACUUUGAGAGCCAAAGGUAGUAUAAAUCUAUAAUAAUAG